UCUUCACAGUUCCGAUAAUUUCGUGCGCGCGCAUUUUUAAAUAGUUUGUUAUUGUUCAUUGUGCGCAGAAUCGCAUGAAAGGAAGUAAAUUAACAGAUAAAUUAAGAAAGCAUCCUUGAAAGAAACAGUUGUUUACGUGAGUUUUCUAAUAAUAUAGAUAUUUAUUUAGCUUUAUAUGAGAUGAUUCAAAGUUUAGAUUUUUAUAAGUUUCUGUUUUAGAAUUUUUUUGAUCAUGGAUAAAAUAAACUUAGAACGAAUUCGUACGUGGAGUGAAAAAGCUGUUAAAGAGUAUUUAAUAUUGAGGAAUAAAGAUGUUGAUGGUGAUUUUGAAACUUUGGUUUUCAGAGUGUUUUCUGCCAUUGAAAAUGAAACACCUAUUGAUAAUGAAAGUGAAGAUCGCCAAAGGCUUCUAGUAUGCGAGUACAAGUCAAAACUCAUUUUACGUGGCUGUGUGAUUCCAGACCCAUUUUCACUAAAGAAAAAUUGGCUUUCUGAAAGUGGGAGCGGGUUAUACAAGUGGCCUUCCAUUUACUACACUGAUAUAGAAAAAUAUUUACGAAAACUUGAGCAGCCAUAUGAGCUAAUGAAUCGUUUAGAUUCAGACUAUAAAGAAGGCAAAGCUUACCGCUACUACAAAUGCGAGUUUGUCAAAGAGAUAUAUUUUCAUGAAAUAACUGAAGAAUCUGAUUUUUGUUUCCUCAAAUCCCGUGUAACACCAUCACAGCGUACAUCUAGUACACCUUAUCAUGUUUGGGCAGCAGUUAAAAAAGAUAAUGAAAGACCUGGAGGAGAAAUCAAUUCAGCAUAUUGUACUUGUAUUGCAGGUCUUCUUGGUUGUUGCAACCAUGUAAUUGCAAUGCUAUUUCGAGUUGAAGCUGCAGUGUGUACAGGGGCAACGAAACCGUCAUGUACUAGUGUUUUUGCAAAAUGGAAGGUUCCAAGUGGUAUUAAAACUGUUUUAACACACAAACCACUUUGCGAUGUUGUAUUUAACAAACAUCAUUACAAAAAAGGAAAUAAACCUACAGAAAUAAAAAUAGAAGAAUCCAAUAAAUCAUUAAAAGAAUAUGUUUUUUGUACAGACGAACAAAAACAACUUCUAAGUAACAAAAACCAGUUUCGAGACUAUUUGUACAAAUCCCUGAAAGAUGUUUCCCACAAUAGCUGUUUUGUUGAAUUGUACAAUGGUAAAUCCAAAAAAGUGGAAAAAUCUAAAGUUAACCUACCAUUAGGUGUGGUUGAAUCAGCGAAUAAUUUUAAGAUUGACAGCAACUUAUCAUUGACUGAAAAUGUAAAUUGUUUUACAGAAAGUUUAGCAUUGAAUGAUAUGCAGAUUAAAAGUAUUGAAGAAGCAACUCGAAUGCAAUCUUCAUCAAGCAUAUGGUUUAACCAACGCCAGGGCAGGAUUACUGCUUCUAAAUUUAAAUCAGUUUUUACCCGAAUUGAAAGUAAACAUGAUUCUGCUGCUUUGUUAAAAACUAUAACUAAAAUAAACAAGUUUGAAACAUUUGCAACAAGACAUGGUAUUGCAACAGAAGCUCAUGCUAAAAGAGCAGUGGUAAAAAUUCUAAAAGAAAAUGGUCACAAAAAUAUAAAGUUUUAUGAUUCAGGCAUGCAAAUUUAUAAAAAGUUUCAAUUCAUUUCAGCUUCUCCUGAUCUUAUUGUUGAAUGCUGUUGCGGUAUUGGAUGCGUUGAGAUAAAAUGCCCUUACAUUAUUAGAGACACUAUACCAACCGUUUUAAACUACAAUUCAUUGCAUAUAAAUGUAGAAGGAAAAGUUUGUUUAAAAAAGACUCAUGAUCAUUAUUUUCAAAUCCAGGGUCAAUUAGGAGUUCUGAACAUUUUACAUGCAUGGUACUUUGUUUUUACACAUCAUGGCCACUACUUAGAGAGUAUUUUGUUUGAUAAAAUAUUUUUUGAACGAAUGCUAAAAAAUCUUUUAGAAUUUUGGUAUGAUCAUCUAGCACCAUUUCUUCUUUAUACUAAUACUAGCAGUAAUGAACUUCAGCAGUUCUCUCCAUCAGACAACUUAAAAAGUGCUGUCUCUGAUGUCAGAGAAGUUGUAAUGACAAAAAUAUUGCCACUAAAAAAAUCACUCAAGUCAAAAUCCCCAAUGUCACUUGUAUCAACUAAACGUGCAAAAAUAUCUCGACCUAAACAAUCACUAAAGUCAAAAUCUCUUAUACCAGUUUUAUCUACACCGAGGUAUGUUUGCAGUGUGUGUAAAACUGUUGUUCCAUAUAUAGCGGAAACUUUUGAAGAAAAUUCUGUAGCUUGUGAAACAUGCAAUUCAUGGUUUCAUUUUCACUGUGUUGGAAUAAAAACUGCAAAUGAUAUACCAUCAGAUGAUGAUUCAUGGAUGUGUGAAGAAUGUAAAAAUGUCUUCUUAAAGCAGUAAAGAUAACUCAAUUGAAUGUGAA